AGAUGUAACAGGAAAACAAGCUGCAAGUAGUCAAUUCUAGGCUUAAUUAUUAACGCCUAGAAUUUACCGCUUCGUUGAAGGUAUAUUUAAGUUCGUCUUCCUAUUUGACAAAUAUUUUCAUUACAAUAUUAUUCCAAGCGUCAAAAUAUAUUCCCGUAUCCGUUAAAUAACCAAGCUUCAUGAAAUUCAAGUGAAAAUAUGUCCAAAAAAGGCCUCGACUAAAAUGAAUCCUGAAUAAAGAGAAGACUGAUGAAUAUUCAUAAUUAUGUACAGCUAUGAUCGCACGCUUUCAUUUAAAGCAGAAUACAAAAACACGUUGCCGUGUCUCCACUUGCACGCAUCUCUGCACACUCAUCCGCACGCUCUCAUUCACACAUUUAAAGUAAUAUUAAAUUUGUAAUUUACGCUAUUUCUCUACGAGACAGGAGAAGAAGGAGCUGUUUGUUCUCGUCGGGCUAUAAUGCUUCGCACAAUAGAAGUCCCCAAGAGAUGGCAGUCCCGGGUUCACUGUAGAUCUUCUCAACUCAGGACACGACGCUGUGCCAGUGGUGAACAGCUAACGGAUCGUUGCGAGGUUAUGAAGGAGUGCGAGGAAUUUCAUAAAGAAGGAAGGAAGGAUGACGGAAAGGGAGGAGCAGAUGAAGAGGCGAAGGCUGAGGAGCGGAGGAAUGUUAGGCAGAAGCGACAGCACGAGUUAGCAAACAGAGUAGAGAAAGAAGAUUGGAUCAACCGUUUUUUCAUUGAGAGGCAGGAAGCCGAACAAGAGGAAGUCUUUAUUCGCAUCCAGGAAGCUCGAGAGCUCGAGCCCCUGCAGGCACAACAGGAACAAAAGUUGGGACGAGAAUUAAAGCGCAGAAAAGAUGAGGAGAUAAGCGCAACAAAACGUAGACAGCAGAUCAGAAAUGAGACGCCGGAGCUGAAGCAAUUGGGGGAUCAGCUGAAGAAGGAAUAUGAGGGGGCAGCUGCAAGGGCACAUCUUCUCGAGAGACAAGUGCACCGAGCCAACUUAAAAAGCAAGGAAAUUCAAAACGAUCGUGCCAUCCAAGGUUGGUACAGGAACGACACGUUCGAGAAGCAAAAAGUAAUGGAGAGUCGCCUGAGAAGCGAACAGUAUCGACGGGAUCUUCAGGAGCAACUCGUGUCGAAUCGUCGUCUGCGUUGUCAGCAAAAGAUCGAGGAGAGAAGGCUUGAGCGGAAGUUGGUUGAAGACACUUUGACACUGGGCAAGAACCGUGAGAAUGAACGGACGAAACGAGAGAGAAUGCUGCACUUGCUCGCCGAGCAGAACGAUUUUCUUGAAGCUCAGAAAACCAGGAAACUGAGGGAGAAAGCAGCGCUGUUGGAAGAGGAGGAAAAGCAUAAACGCAUAUUGGCAGAUAAAAUGAUUCGAGAAAAUCAAAAAGAGCAAUCGAAAAGAACUAAAUUGGCAUUCAAGUGCGAACAGUUAAAAAUUAUAAGUUUAUUAUCUUUUUGUUUUUUGGAAAAGUCCAUCAAGGUCGCUGAAAAAGAAGCGAUUCUGAUGAAAAUGACGGAAAAGAUGCUGAGUCAGGAAAGUGGAAAAAGGGAAUGGGAGGAGACGCUGAACGAGCUGAGGGACCUAGAAGAGAAAAACUAUUUGGAAAUGCUUCAGAGAGAAAAGAGUGAGGAAAAGAGGCGAAAAGCCAGAGAAAUUUUGGAGGACCUGAAGCGUCAAAUGAUGUUGAAGAAGGAGAGCAGAGCAAUGGAAGAGAAGAUUGAUCGAAAGUUUGCGAAAUACUUGGAGAGAGAGCGUGAAAAAUUUUUAAUGGAGGAAAGACAAAAGGAGGAAAAGCGUCGGGCUGAAGGAAUGGAGUACCUCAGAAGUCUGCGAUGCAUCGAGAUCUUUGUCCAGAACCAAGGCACCCAAACGGAAAAUGAAAAAAAGGAAAGUGAAAGGAAAACCGAGGGGGAGAGCCCAUCAGAAUUCAUAGAGAAAGAACGCUCUCGGAUGCUGCAGGAGCACGCCAUUAGGAUGCAAGCACUUGUCCCGCCCUGUUGUCCAGAUAAAAGCGAUGACUGAUUCCCACGCUUGCAGAAUAUUCAUCUCAAUUUCGUUGAUCCCUCGAACUGAACUAAACCCUGUCGAUAUCGCACAAUGAUGUUGACAUUGUUUUAUAUUCCAUUUUGAAUA